AUUUAGGAGAGAGAGAUAAAAGAAGGAAAGAGAUCUCUCAUCUUUGUAACCUCAUCACCCUUUCUUAUUCUUCUGUUUUUUUUUUUCUUCUGAAUUUUGGGUGUAGGUGUGGAGAGAGAUCUCUAUUAUUUUCUUUUUGUUUUUCAAUUGAUCUUUUUCUUGUUUGUGUUAUUUUCUAAAAUAAAAUCAAGAAAAUUAAAUUAUCCAAAUUCUUGUUUCUUGAGGAUAAAGACUCAUCUUUCUUGAUCUUUUCUUUUCUUUGCUUAUGGAAAAUGCAGGGUUCAUAUUGGAUCCAUAUGAAAAACCUGCCCUAGUUGACAAGAAAGAGCCACCAUCGCCGCCUGCAUUACCUUGUCCGGCGAGUACCAGUCAUCACGGAAGAACGUUACCGGGAGAAUACCGGAAAAGAGGACGUUUCUGUAUGUAUGACAAAGCAAAGAAUACGUUGGAACGGUUGUUUGAUGAAGGAUAUAGAGCGGAUGUUACCAUUAUUACAGAAAAUGGUGGCUCCAUCUAUGCACAUGCCAAUAUUCUUGGAAUUGCUUCUCCGGUGAUGAAAGGCAUGUUAAAACAAGCAAAAGGUAGAGGUCGACAACGAUCAAUCUCAAUUCGGGGCGUUCCUCACGACGCAGUUCGAGUUUUUCUUCGAUUCUUAUACUCUUCCUGCUAUGAGAAGGAAGACAUGGAGGAAUUUGUGUUGCAUUUAUUGGUACUAUCGCAUGUGUUUGUUGUUCCUGAUUUGAAAAAUAUAUGCAUUCACAACUUAAUCCGAGGUUUUCUUACAACUGAAAACGUUGUAGACAUUCUUCAACUCGCAUUAUUAUGCGAUGCUCCUCGGCUUAGCCUCGUAUGUCAUCGCAUGAUUCUGGCCGACUUCCGGGAAAUCUCGACGACUGAGGGAUGGAGGGCCAUGAGACAGAGCCACCCUGUGCUUGAAGAAGAACUUGUUAACUCCAUGGUUGAUGAAACCAAUAGGCAAAAAGAGAGGAACAGAAAAUCAAAAGAAAGAAAAAUCUACCUACAACUAUACGAAGCAAUGGAGGCUCUUGUUCAUAUUUGCAGGGACGGUUGCAGAACAAUCGGACCGUACGAUAAAGACCUGAGAAAUAGCCAGUCGCCUUGCAAUUACGCCGCAUGUAAGGGACUCGAGCAGCUCGUCCGCCAUUUCUCCACCUGCAAGUUACGGAUCCCCGGCGGUUGCGUCCAUUGCAAGAGAAUGUGGCAGCUUUUUGAGCUUCAUUCUCGUCUUUGCGCCGAUUCUGAUGCAUGCAGAGUACCUUUGUGCAAGAAUUUCAAGGUGAGGAUAAGAAAGCAAAGCAAGAAAGAUGAGAUUAAGUGGAAAAUACUUGUGAAAAAGAUAAGCAAAACAAAAAGAAUUGGAGGGUCGCCAUUCUUUUCAUCACCAAUUUCCUCAUAUUCUUGAUCAAAGUCAAUAUUAAUUUCAGAGUGUAAAUUUGUUGUAUCUCUCUCUCUAUGUACAAGUUAGGAACAAUAUUAAUUGAAACAUUGUUAGGUUUUUCAAAAACAAAUCAAUCCGAUUGAUAAACAUAAUUUGGUUAUAUUUGAAAGUAUAGACAUUUUCACAA